GAGGAACCGCUAGGUGGCAAUUAUUCAGAAGUUCUCGCUGUACACUGGGAGACACCGCAAGCACCAGAGCCAUGUAAACAGAAGGCUGAUUUCAUAGAUUUUAGCCUACAGGGUUUUAGGCAAAAUCUGCAGGAAUGGGCAAGCGAGAUAAUAGAGUGGCGUACUUGAACCCAAUAGCUGCUGCCAGAGCCAGAGGACCAGCUCCCAAUUCUGGCCCCACCAUUCAGGAUUAUCUCAGCAGACCACGGCCAUCAUGGGAGGAGGUAAAAGAACAACUGGAAAAAAAGAAGAAAGGCUCCAGAGCUCUGGCUGAUUUUGAGGACAGAAUGAACGAGCGAUGGAAGAAGGAACUGGAGAAAAACAGGGAGAAGGUACUUGGUGGAGGUGAAAAGAAAGAAAAAGACAAGGAAAAGAAAGAGAAAAAGAAGGAGAAGAAAAAGUCCAGUAGGCAUUCCUCAUCUUCCUCCUCCUCCUCAUCGAGUUCUGAUUCCUCCUCCAGUUCCUCCUCAGACUCUGAAGAUGAUGAUGAAAAGAAAAAUAUGAAAAAGAAGAAAAAAAGAAAAAGAUCCUCUGCCCGGAGAGCGUCUGAUGAUUCUGACACAGAGUCAGAGACUGAUAGCAGGGAGUCAUCCAAGAAAAAGAAGAAGAAACUGGAUGCAAACAAAAACAAUUCAGAUGAAAGGGAUGGCCGAAGGAAGAGGAAAGCUGAAAGGAGUCACUCAGAGUCCUCAGAUGAGUCUGAUGUAGACAGAGAUGCUGAGUCCAAAAAGAAAAAACGCAGUAGUGAAGAGAAGGAGAAAAUUACAGUAAGCCUUCCAGUGUCAUAG